AUGACGCUGAAAGUUGAAAACGAUAUUAUGGACGCAAUUGAGCGCAACAAGCCGCAUCUCCGACAUCGAUUCAAGGCUAUUGUGACUAUGCUCAAGGAACGAAGUCGUGGGAUUCCAUAUUUGUCGGAUGCCUAUGAGCAGCUUCGCAACCGUCGUUCAGAUGUCCACUGA